AUGGACUCAACCGAAGAUUUGCACUUCUUAUUAACAGCGCAACGCCGUGAACUCACAGCGGCGGAAUCCAUGGAAUCCGAUCUCGACUUCGCUUUCCAUCUCCAGCUACAGGAAGCUCUUGCUGCUUCCCUCACCGAUCAUCCCUCAUCCUCCAUGGGUGCUAUACUCGUAGAACCCCCAUUGGACGACGACGACGUUUUCAAAGCACCGUCUCUCCAGUUGGAAGAGCUUGCAAGGAUGGAGAUUGAGAUGAACGACAGAGAACAGAGCGAGAGAGUAAUGCGCGAGGCGAAGGUUGAUCUCAACCGUCUGAUUCACGAUCAGAAAAUGGCGUCGGAGAUUUUCAAUUUUCCUGAGGAAGAUUGGGAUGAAUGGGGCGAUAGUUUCGAGAAACCCUUCGGUGAGGGGAGUUCGAGUUCGUCUGGUUUGAAGAGUGGUUACGGUGAAGGUGCGGCUGUUAGGGUUUAUUUUAAGGGUUUAGUGAGUGUAGAGACUGUGAGAGGGGAGAAAGUUUUGUUGGCUGGGAUUGGUGUUGCGGUUUGUGAUUUGACUGAUAAUUUGAUAUUUGAAGUUUCGAAAUCUGUGGUUGGGAAUGGAACUAGUAAAAUUGCUGUGGAGCUUAAGGCUUUGAUUGAAGCUUUCAAUGCUGUUAUUGCUUUGGAUUUGAAGCAUGUUACUUAUUAUGGUGAUUACUAUCCACUUUUCCAAUUUUUAAGUGGAAAAUGGCCUGCGAAACAGCGGAAGAUUGCUAUGCUGGUUAAUCAGGUGAAUCUGCUCCAAAGAAAAUUUGAAUACUGCAGUCCAAGGCUUGUGGCAAGACAUGAUCUGAAAUUUGCAUUAAAGCUUGCAAGAGAUGCAAUUGUUUCUCAGUCCAAUAGGCCUGCUGAAUCUAGCAGUGUAAACAGUCUGAAUGAAACUUGUGUCAUUUGUUUGGAGGAUACUGAUCGUAGUCAAAUAUUUUCAGUUGAUGACUGUCAGCACAGGUAUUGCUUUUCUUGCAUGAAGCAACAUGUGGAGGUGAAGUUGCUUCACGGAAUGGUGCCAAAAUGCCCUCACGAGGGAUGCAAGAAUGAACUUCUAGUUGACAGUUGCCGGAAAUUCUUGACUUCUAAAUUAAUUGAAACCAUGCAGCAACGGAAAUUGGAAGCUUCAAUUCCGCUUACUGAGAAAAUCUACUGUCCUUAUCCAAGAUGCUCUGCAUUAAUGUCAAAAACUGAAGUUUUAGAGUACUCCCAAAGUCUUAUGGGCUCUGGACUAUCAUUACCCAAGAAAUGCGUGAAAUGUCAUGGUCUUUUCUGUUUCAGCUGCAAGGUCCCUUGGCAUAGUGGUAUGACAUGUUAUACUUACAAAAGGUUGAAUCCUAAUCCUCCAACAGAAGAUGUGAAGUUGAAGUUUCUAGCAUCAAGGAGUCUUUGGCGGCAGUGCGUGAAAUGUAACCAUAUGAUUGAACUUGCUGAAGGUUGCUACCACAUGACUUGCAGAUGUAGUUAUGAAUUUUGCUAUAAAUGUGGAGCUGAGUGGAAGGACAAAAAGGCAACAUGUUCUUGUCCACUUUGGCAAGAGGAAAAUAUUUGGUUAGAAGAUCAUCAUGAUGACGAUGAUGAAGACGAUUCUGAUUCUGAGUACGAUGUUUAUUAG